CGGUGAUACCGCUAUGAGGGUUUUUAUAAUUGCUACCUUGGCCCUUUUGGUCUCCUUGGCAAACGGCCAAGACAUCGGAACCACCGCUCAAGUUCUUCGGAAUAUUUACUAUAGAUGCGCGGAUAGUGAUUCGAUGUUAGCAUGCGUGAAGCCCAAAGUGCUCGCCUACCUGAGUAAUGCAGUGAAGGAAGAAAAAGUAGCAAUUACAGAAGACUUGUCGAUUAUCAGAUCCAUGCGAGUUCCAGAAGACAAUCUGGAAGAAUUUUACUCUUCCCAGGAUUCUGCGGACCCUGCUAGGAAGGAGCUUCUUCGAUCUCUGAUGUUGGAAAAGCUUGAUGCUUAUUUGUCGAGUCACAAAUUAGAAGCCAAAUUGCCAGAAGCUAUUGUUGGUUCUAAUAUUGUUCCUAGAGCUUUGGUUGAAUCUGUUCCGAGGGAAGUCAGUGUUCCUCUUUCAGACUCAGAGAAUGGACAGGGUCGAGGUUUCGUCAAGAAGGUCAUGAUUCCCUUCCUUUUAGGUCUCAAAUUCAAGGCCACUGCGUUGGUACCUUUGGCUCUCGCUCUAAUUGCUCUGAAAACGUGGAAAGCUCUCACUCUUGGACUCUUAUCUCUGGUCCUGAGUGGUGCGAUGCUAAUCUUCAAAUUCACCAAGCCCAAAGUUGCCUAUGAAGUAGUACAUUAUGGUCACCCACCUGUUGAGCACCCACCCCAUUGGGACACAUCUGCACAAGGACCUUAUCGAGCCUACAGGAAAUAG